CAGUUUAACAAAUGGCGGCACAGUGUGUGACAAAGGUGGAGCUGACGAUUGCCUGCACCAGUCUCUUGGAUAAAGAUGUUGGUUCCAAGUCAGACCCACUGUGUGUGCUUCUCCAGAACACGAGUGGUCAGCAGUGGUAUGAGGUUGAUCGCACAGAAAGAGUUAAGAAUUCCUUGAACCCAAAGUUUGCCAAGAAAUUUCUAAUUGAUUACUAUUUUGAGCUUGUUCAGAAACUUAAAUUUGGAAUAUAUGACAUCGAUAACAAGACCUUUGAUCUGAGUGAUGAUGACUUCUUAGGCGAAUUUGAAUGUACGCUGGGACAAAUAGUUUCUAGCAGGACUCUAACAAAACCAUUAGUACUCAAAAAUGGCAGACCUGCUGGGAAAGGAAGCAUUACGAUUACAGCAGAAGAAGUGAAGGAUAACAGGGUGGUUGUAUUGGAAAUAGAAGCAAGGAAGCUGGACAAUAAGGACUUCUUUGGAAAGUCCGAUCCUUAUCUGGAAUUCCACAAGCAGACUGGAGAUGGAAACUGGGUGAUGGUUCACAGAACAGAGGUUAUUAAAAACAACCUGAAUCCUGUUUGGAGGCCCUUUAAAAUCUCUCUCAAUUCCCUGUGUUACAGUGACAUGGAUAAGUCAAUCAAGGUUGAGUGCUAUGACUAUGAUAGUGAUGGGUCUCAUGAUCUCAUCGGAAGUUUUCAGACUACAAUGUCAAAACUGAAGGAAGCAUCUCGGUCCUCACCUGUUGAAUUUGAGUGCAUCAAUGAGAAGAAGAGACAGAAGAAAAAAACCUAUAAAAACUCUGGCAUUGUGAGUGUUAAGCACUGUGAGAUCAUAAUAGAAUGCACAUUCCUUGAUUACAUCAUGGGUGGGUGUCAGCUGAAUUUCACAGUGGGGAUAGAUUUUACAGGCUCCAAUGGAGACCCUCGCUCUCCAGACUCUUUGCAUUACCUCAGCCCUAAUGGAGUUAAUGAGUACCUAACAGCCAUUUGGUCUGUAGGUAUGGUCAUUCAGGACUAUGACACAGAUAAGAUGUUUCCAGCCUUUGGAUUUGGUGCACAAAUUCCUCCUUCCUUCCAGGUUUCACAUGAGUUCCCCAUAAAUUUUAACCCAUCAAACCCAUUCUGUAACGGGAUCCAAGGCAUUGUUGAUGCGUAUCGGGCUUGUCUUCCUCAAGUGAAGUUAUAUGGGCCAACAAAUUUUUCUCCAAUUAUAAAUCAUGUGGCAAGAUUUGCUGCUGCAGCUACACAACAGCAAACAGCAUCUCAAUACUUUAUACUUCUUAUCAUAACGGAUGGUGUGAUAACAGACCUAGAUCAGACUCGAACUGCCAUAGUUAAUGCUUCAAAAUUGCCCAUGUCCAUUAUCAUCGUUGGAGUUGGAGGAGCAGACUUCGAUGCUAUGGAGUUUCUUGAUGGUGACAACGGAGUUCUUAGGUCCUCAUCAGGAGAACCAGCUGUCAGAGACAUUGUCCAGUUUGUGCCGUUCAGGAAGUUCCAAAAUUCUCCAAAAGAAGCUCUGGCGCAGUGUGUCCUGGCAGAAGUCCCGCAGCAAGUGGUGAACUACUUCAGCACCUACAAACUGCAACCUCCUAGGAAUCCUGCUGCAGAGUGAAUGGGCUGAGCAGGGAAGCUGAGACUUUGGGCUUGCUUUACUUGCUAUAUCUACAGACUU